AUGGCAAGGAUAAAACCUCAGGCAUUGCUAAAUCAGAGCAAAAAGAAGAAGGGCCCUGCUCGAAUCAGCGCCACUACUAUAUUUCUCUGUAACUUAGUUGUUGUGGUGAUUGUAUUGUCUUUAGUUGCAACAUAUAGGCAUUGGUCGCAAAGGUCAAGGAACCAACCAGGAAGUGGUGCAUCGGUUCUCGAGGACACUGCCGAUUCAUUUGCAGAUUCGAAGAAGUACGAUCUCCCUGGUUAUGCUAUUCUGAAUACAUCAAAAGGUUAUAUAACACUAGAACUGUACAAAGAUGGUUCUCCGAUGAUCGUGGACAAAUUCCUUGACUUGUGUCAAAAGGGGUACUUCAAAGGGAUGCCUUUCCAUCACGUGAUAAAGCAUUAUGUAAUUCAAGCAGGGCAUGCCCAAGGGCUUGGAGCUCCUGAAGAUUGGACCGCUAAAGGAAAGCUUCACAGUAGGCUUGCUACAAGCCCAAAGCACGAAGCUUUUAUGAUUGGAACCUCAAAAACUGGAGAUAGCACAGGAUUUGAGCUAUUCAUUACUACUGCACCCAUUCCAGAUUUAAAUGACAAGCUUUUGGUGUUUGGACGGGCCAUAAAGGGAGAGGAUGUGGUGCAGGAAAUCGAAGAGGUGGACACGGAUGAACAUUAUCGGCCCAAGUCUCCAGUAGGGAUCGUUGAUGUGACAUUGAAACGAGAAAUUUAA